UGAAAAAGGAAAGUGGUUUUAAGAGUAUCGAGGAAAACGGCUUAUUGGGGACUUUUAAUUUGAAAUUAUUUGUUUCCUGAAGUCACGAGUAUGUCGCGGAGAUUUGUUGUCACGUUGUUUUUGUAUGUCGCGUGGUUCAGUAAAGGAAUAUAAAUGGAAGAGACUGCGAAACAAGACCUCGUCUUUCUUGAGCUCAGACAGAAGCUACAAAGUGGCCUUUUGUUCAUUCGCAGUGACAUCGUCAGGGAUGGUGCAGAUGUGGAAAUCGAGUCCAAACAAGACUCCAUCCUGAACAUCCAGACAGCGGACUGGACCUAUCAGGUGCACUUAACAUCUGGAGUGAGUCUGGUGGAGACGUUAUGCCAGAAAAGCCCAGGAUCCACUGAACACGGAUCCCACUUCAGACUCCGUCUAAGGGUGGAUCAGCCGUCAGCUCCUUGCAGUGUAAUUGGAGAACUGCAGGUCAAAGUGACAUAUUCCUUCCUGUGUCAGUCUUGUGGGUCCAUGGUGCUUCAAAACAGGGCUUUUGGGCGAGUUCUUCCUUUGCCCAAUGGAAACUGGAAUGCAUUAGUGGACGACUGGUGCUGCCACCCUGAUCCCUUCGCAAACAGGAAACUGCUCCCACGAGAUGGGGACUGUCUGCUUGGUGACACGUUUAUUCUGUUGGCACGGGACAGCAGCUGUGAACAGACUCUCACACGGGAAGGGAACUCGUCUCAGCAAGCCUCUGCAGAGCAGAAGCGCAGCAGUAAGCGUGUGAUGGUGUCCUGCAGGAGCUGCUCUGCUGUGCUGGGCGAGGAACUCACUGCAGAGGUGCUGAAGUUUUACAUAACUGAAAUAUUAGUAAAGCCACAUGAAGAUGGAGAGUGUGAUAUAGCACAGCUCAGUUUGGAGACCAAGCCAAAUUCAAUAAGGCAGCGAUUCUUGGAGCAAACUCUAGCUUCAAGACUGGUCGAGCUGUCAUCUGCACAGAGUAUAUUUCGCUUUUCCAUCCAAACGCCAGAUGGCAAACCUGUGAUUUUGCUGUGGCUUCUGAACACGGACACUCUGGUCGCCUCAUUUCCUGACGCAGCAGCGAGGGGCGACAGCUUCAUCUCCGCAGGUGACGUUCAUCCCAGAGAGCAUCAGUCAUGCCAGGCUGUUCAAGCAGUCAAAGUGCUCUACGUCCUCUGCUCUGACAGCAAACUCAAAGAUGUUGUGGAUGUCUGGGAGAAGGACAUUAGCGUGCACCCUCUGCCCCUCCCUCAGGGCUCAUGUGAGGAGCUCCAGAAGCUUCUGAUGUCCAGCACCUUCAGGCUGCCUGCAUUCCUGCGCUGCAUGAACUCAUAUCAGGUGUGUCCACUACUGCAGAGAUGACGAGUCAGCAUCGUCGACUUCAUCACUGCAGCCGAAAAUACAGAAAAUGCAAGUUUAUCAAUUAAUUAUUAAAAUGUUAAAGCAAUCUCUUUGCUGUUUUUUCCCAAAACAUUCAUAAUCAUUACUUACAUAAUAUUUCCUUACAUUUAAAAAAAAAUAAAAAAUAAAUAAAAUAACUUACCGCAUCAGACUUAAUUGCUGUGAAUGUGAACCAAUUUUUUGUGUGUGAAACGAUGCAAAGCAUUGCAACUUUAUACAGUAAAACACUAAUUGUUGUUGCAAGAUGUUGUGUGUUUAAUUCAGUGAGUGGCACCAGUUGUUAUAUUGGAAAUGAACUAUUUUGCAUUUUUAAUCCAAUUUUGUUAAACAAAAAAAGAAGUACACUUGAUAGUCAAUUGAGAUAAUGAAUUAAGAAAGGGAUUUUUAAAAAAAUGGCUAAUAUUAUCUCCAGUUCAAAUGUAACGUCUAGUUGAGUGAAUUGCAUUGUGGGAUGCAGUAAGCUGUUUUAUACUGCACAUUUUAGUAUGUAGUAGGUCAUCCAGAUACUCUAUGCAUGUUUGCACCAUGUGGAUACUGUACUAUAUUCUGCAGAUAUUGUAAGAGCAGUAUGUAAGUAUGGUUUUCUAA